AGGUGCAGGGGAAAUGGUGGGGAAAGUUGAUCAUGAUAAGGUUUGGCUAGGUGGGGUGGGGUAAGUAUACAGAGGAUUCCGUAGUCAGUAGUAGUCAGUUCUACUGAUGAUGGGAGUAUUGCUGUAUGAUGCUUGUUGUGCGUGGCAUUCGUAUUCUUGUGGCCAUGGCUUUUGGCUUGCAAUACUGCAUCUGGCUUUAAUUAUAGUAGCAACUUUCUCUCAGUCAGCUCCGCUAUACAGCCAGUUUUGCUCCUGCCCUGACCACUGAAUAUGCAGCUCCUCUGACUUAGUUGGUCUUGUGAUGCAAAGGGCGGUUC